AUCGCAGCGGCACCAUCGGUAGUUGAACUCGCGAAUUGUGUAAAUUGUUUUGGUCGCAGAGCGCGUGUAAAUAUAAAAAAUGGGUUUAGGUUUCGGUUCCGGUCCAGAAUAAAAACAGUUUUGUUCCGGUUUUGAGUCCAACCAGAAAUGAAUGUUAAAGAAAAGUGCUUCUUUAUGCUCAUUGCUUCUGAUCAGAAAUCGGCAGUUUUCGAUUCAUUCGAAUAAAAAUGUGUUUUUUACUCAUAAACCUGUUUUUUUUGCUAACGAGUAAUUAUUGGCUGCAGGUCUCAGGAUCAAGUGUUGUCCCUCGGAGCCCCGUUUUGUUAUCCAGUCAGUUUAUACUCUUGCCCAAACACGCCCAUGUACAUUGAUGCCGAUUUAUGUACAUGUAUAGUAAGUAUGUUUUCAUACUGCCUUUAUUGUUGUUACUAUUAUUUUUUAUUGUUUAAGUACUAACUCUUUAUAGCGAAUUUUACUAACAAAUCGGGUUGUAAUGUAUGUUAUCAUUUAUUUCGCUCUGAUAGGGCACACUGACAAGCUCGUAGUUACAAGUGUAAAAAAGUACAAAGAAACAAUCAAAGACUGUUUUUGUCUUUAGGACUUCAACAAGCCCCCAGCUGGGGCUUAGAAUCGGCUUGUUACUGUGCCCUUGACUUGAUGUUGGACUUUUUCUUUUAAUUCGGGGGGCAACUGCUGAAAGUGGCGCGGCGUUGGACGGCUGUUUUCACUUACCACUUAUAGACUCAAUAGAUUUGUUUCCGACACAUUCUUAAGCGAGAAAAUCGCGUGCAAAAAACCACUGUGGCAAAAAGACUGGCCAGCAAAAUUCACUCCUGCCCAGUGGUCGUUGCAUGCGCUUUAAGGGCCUACACCAGAUCAAUUUCCGCAAGGUUUCCUUUAUACCUAAAGCAUUUAAUCUAGAUUCAAGCCAACACCGUGGGUACUCUACUUGUCAAUAUGUAAUAUAAUUUAUUAAUUAUUGUGAUAUAAGUAAAUAGUUGAAAAGGGCUGAGUGUUUUUACUUCCUCCACCCCUGGCCGGGUUGCCACCGGUAGUAUCGAACAAACAACUCGUUGCGCGCAAAAUGCAAUGGUGCUUUGCAUCGGUCCCGAAGGUUCCGGCAAAAGCCUGCUGUUAAAAAAGCUCCAAAGCCCCAACUAUGUGGAUAAUACCACCACAUCGGUACCCACCGUUGGCACCAACAUUCUUAGUCUGAGGGUGGCCGACAAGCUGUACACAAUCCGGGAAGUGGGAGGUACUUUAGCGCCCAUGUGGCCCAACUACUUUGUUAAUGUGGGCAAAGUCAUGUAUGUUGUGGAUGCGUCCAAUUUGUGCCAGAUUUCCGCGGCUGGAGUUCUGCUUUAUACGGUCCUGGUAAACCCGCUGCUCAGAAAAGCUAAGGUAAAGGAUGAAUACAAAUACGGUAACUAGUUGGAGCACAGCUCCAACAGUAAACUGAGCCUGAAAAUCCGAAUUGGUUGCAAUGUUGUGCCGAGCUUUGCGGGCACGGCACUGAUUGCAACGCAAUAACUCGCCGCUUGAACAACGAAAAGCUUUCGGCAUCAUCAGAGCCGUUAUGCGCUUUUGAAAGAGGCAAGUGUGCCUGUGCGCUAACCUCAGGCACCCCCAGGGCCGGUUUCGAGCCUAUUAGCUCUCAUCAGCUGGGUUCAGCUUGAAAUUGGCGAUCUCGAAACCUGCACUUGUGGGUUGAGUUUCGCUUUUGAGUUGUUGCCGCUCCCUACGUUAAUCAGUUCUAACUCAUCUGUUAAUGAGUCCUAACUUCUUUAUUAAAGCGGAUUAAAGCUUUCGGAUAUCCGA